GAUGUCUUCACAGCAAUCCCAAUCGAACAAUGAAGCUGAAAAAGAGGUUUUAGUGGAGCUUAUUGAGUCACUAAAAGAGAACCGAUGUUUGUGGGACACUAAGUGCGAUGCCUAUGCGAAUAGGGAUCUACGGAGGGCAGCACAUGGUUCGCUGUUGGAGAUAUACAAAAAAUUCCAACCGAAUGCAACAAUUGACCUGCUCAAGAAGAAGAUAGAAAAUCUCAAGUGCAGUUUCAGACGGGAAUUGAGGAAGGUAAGAGCCAGUGAAACAACUGGAGCUGGCAGCAGCCAGAUAUAUACACCACGUCUCUGGUUCUAUGAACUCAUGUCAUUCUUGGAAGAGAAGGAGAUGAUCAGAGAAGGAUUGGAUACUCUGGAAGAAGACAAGUCACAAAUGGAUGCUGUGGUAAGCAAUUAG